AGAAUCACCUAUUUUUUUUAUUUUGGAGUAUCCUUUAACUUUUUUUUAGAACCGAACUACUGGUCUGAAACGAUGGAGAUACAGGAUUCUCGCUAUGGUUUGGUUGAAGACAAAAAAGUUCUGUAUCCUACUUGCAGCAUUAUUGAGUGUUUAGAAGUUUCAUAAAUUUGCUUGGUGUAGUUAUUUGUCUACGCUUUAUGAUUUAAGAUUUCCUACUUUCUGUUUUGCACGGCAUAUGCUUAUACAGACACUCUUAACUACUUUUCUAUCCAGUGCACAGAUGAGGAAGUUGAACAUAGUUAUGAAGAAUUUUAUGAGGAUGUGCAUACUGAAUUUUUGAAGUUUGGAGAGAUAGUUAAUUUUAAGGUAUGCAAAAACAGCUCAUCCCAUUUGCGGGGGAAUGUCUACAUACACUAUAAAUCAUUGGAUUCUGCUAUGCUUGCUUAUCGGUCUACAAAUGGGCGUUAUUUUGCUGGAAAACAGAUUACAUGUGAAUUUGUUAGCGUGACAAAAUGGAAGGUUGCCAUAUGUGGAGAGUUUAUGAGAUCAAAGCUCGUGACAUGCUCUCGUGGAACAGCUUGCAAUUUUAUCCAUUGUUUCAGAAAUCCUGGCGGAGAUUAUGAAUGGGCAAAUUGGGAUAAGCCACCCCCAAAGUAUUGGAUUAAAGAGAUGAGUGCCUUGUUUGGCUACUCAUAUGAUGAGUCGAUCUAUGACAGGAAAGUUGAAGAAGAUUUUGAGCAUUCAGCUGAUGUAUACAGGCAACACUCCGAAAGAUACCAUGGACGAGAGAGCCGAAGGUCUCGGUCAAGGGAGAAUAAGAGUUUGAGAAGCCACGAUAAGGAACACGAUGCUCGAAGGAGAGAACAAAGAAGCCAACCCAAUUGUCAUGUUGGGGAAAGAUGUGAAGAAGACGAAAAUUCCAGAAGUUACAAGCAUCAUCAUCGUCAUAAAAGCAGCUCUUAUGAUGGUGAACCUGACAGAUAUUGUUCUGGUGACAGGGAUGGGCUCAACCACAGUGAGGCUACCCGUAAAAGAUCAAGACACACCCUAUCUGAAAAAACUCAAACUAAAGUGUUCAGGAGUAGCAGCAGCAGCGAUUCUGAACAAACACAAUCUAAAGAUCAUCAUGAUAAUAUUGUAUACAGCAAAAGGAGAAGAGUGGAAAGGCAGGAUGAGGAGAAAAAUACGGAUGAUUGUCGGGAUAAGAGGAAGGAUAGCCGCCACCGAGCAACCAAGAGGAGAUCUUCAAGGUAUUUGAGUGAUGAUAAUAGCUCACUCAAUGAUGCUAAAAGAAGUGAUGAUGAUUUUGGUUCUGAUUGUGGAUACGAGAGCCGAAGUUCUGGUGGAACAAGACACCACUCUACUGGUGAAAAGGCUGACGAAACAGUGCGGUGGGAGCCCGAGAAAGAAGUCACUGGAGACUACCAUGGGAAACAUUUGGAAUCUGGCAAGAAGAGUCACAGAAGUCACCAUCGCAGCAGAAACCAUAAAGGCAAGUCUUAAUCUUUUUUUUUUAACACAGGCAAGUGUUAAUCUAUUCACAAGUCCUUUGUAGUACUGGGGUUAGUGUCUUGAUUUGUCACUAUGAAUUAAAGAAUUAGGUCUGAUAUGCUGGAGAUAUAUAGAGCAUCAGUAAUACAUACUAUAUCAUUUCACCUUCAUGAACAAAUCAUUCCUUUCCUAGACUACCAGAGCUGCAAACUCUUUUUUUUUUACUUUACGAAACUUGUGCUAGAGGGUCUCAUAGAUAUUAAUCCAUUACACUCAAAAGCUAAUACUCAAUCCUUCUUUGAUGUAUUCGUUCGGUUUCAUUUUUCAUGAAUUUACUCUGUAAAUGGAUAACUCGACUAUUGUCCGCAUC